AUGUCUGAAAUUCAUAGUCGCAGGGUUCUGCGCACGCCGUCGCCUCCGCUCCGUCGUGCUUCUAUUCCCCUAUCUACAGUAGUAGGACACAAACGCGCAAUAUGGCCGUUAGUACUCCUACUCGUUCUUGUCCAUCUUUCAGCGGUUUUGUAUACGCUUCCGCUCAAUCGGGUGAUUGAACUUCGUCUGUGUCAGGCGCAUUACGAGUUGCGUGAUCCAUUGGCCAUACAGCCUGAUGGCUCGAUACCAGAGAAGCUGUGUAAAAUAGAUGAUGUACAGCGUCGUCUUGCGUGGUUACAGGGUACUAUGGAGACGACGCUUGUUGUUUGUGACUUCAUCGUAACGAUACCGUUCAGCUUCGUUGCUGAGAGAUGGGGCGUCAAGAUUGUACUAUUGUGUAAUUUGGUGCCAAGGAUCUUUAUGAGUGCUUGGGCUAUGCUUGUUGGAAACUUUCCACAUAUCCUCCCCACCAACGCCAUUAUUGCUGGCCCAUUCGUAAAUGUCCUUGGAGGCGAAUGCGUUUUUCAAUCCACAAUCUUCACGCUAACUUCGGCGUUGGCUAGUGAGUAUGUGGAACGAGCAUCCUACUUCUCCUACAUCAGCUCAACAUCCUACAUCGUAUCCUUUCUUGGACCAACUCUAGCCGCAUUCACCAUGAGCAAUAGCCUCUGGCUCCCCUUCUGGCUUAAUAUUGCUCUUCUACUCUGCGCCAUACCAACUAUCAGCUUGCUCCCUUCGAUUUCAAAAACACCUACGCUCUCCACGACCCCGGAUCCCAUUUCUCAAGACCCAGACGAAGAAGCCGGGCCAUUACUACAAGGCAGGUCAACUAGCUCAACUAGACACGCUGAGGAUUUCGAAUCGCACGCUAGCUUCUUACAAAGUAUACUGCAUGCAACACGCAAAAUGAGACGUCUCGUUACUGGCCGCCGCAAAUUCCAAGUCCUGCUUUGCUCCUUCUUUCUUACUGCGCUGGCGAGUUCUGAUACGAAGCUUCUGGUGCAGUAUAUUUCCAAGCGGUAUGAAUGGACUUUUGCACAGGCAGGUUACAUGCUCUCCGCCAAAGCACUGGUUAACUUCACGUUACUAGCUAUAAUUGUACCGCGCAUCAUCCGGACUUCUAUGUCAUCCAAGACAGUUCACGGGUCGGAAGUACGGCUUAAUAUCAUAGGUGCAGAAGUUAGCAUUGCGGUUUCGGUGGUGGGCGUGCUGUGUGUGGCACUAGCGUCCAGGUUCUGGAUGUUGCUUGCUGCUUUGAUUGUAUAUGCUCUUGGCUCUGCGCUGCCGGUUUUUACAAUGUCGCUGGUUAAGUCACCUCUUAUUGCGCUGGCGCAUUCGGAUGUCCAGGACUUCAGUAUAGUCAUGUUGACAAAGACGCUUGGGUCGUUGGUCGGCGCUCCUUUGAUGACUGUCCUGUGGGUACAGGCUAUAAAGCUUGGGGGUAUUGGUGUUGGCCUACCGUACUUUUUCUCUGCUUGUAUAUAUCUUAUUGCAGCAUUUGUCAUUGCACGUUUGCGGACUUAG